AUGGACGCCGUCGUGAUGCAGCUGCACCCCGGCGCCAUCGCGGUGACGGUCGUGGCCUUGGCCUCGGCGUACAUGGUGUGGUUCUGGGCGCUGUCGAGGCGGCUGUCGGGGCCCCCGAUGUGGCCGCUGGUGGGCAGCCUCCCCAGCGUCGUGGUGAACCGGAAGCGGGUCCACGACUGGAUCGCCGACAACCUGCGCGCCACGGGCGAGGCGGCGACGUACCAGACGUGCAUCCUGCCGCUGCCGUUCCUGGCGCGGCGGCAGGGGCUGGUGACGGUGACGUGCAACCCGCGGAACCUGGAGCACAUCCUGCGCGCGCGCUUCGACAACUACCCCAAGGGCCCCAUGUGGCAGGCGGCGUUCCACGACCUCCUCGGCCAGGGCAUCUUCAACUCCGACGGCGAGACCUGGCUGCUCCAGCGCAAGACGGCGGCGCUCGAGUUCACCACCCGGACGCUGCGCCAGGCCAUGGCGCGCUGGGCCAACCGCUCCAUCAAGGACCGCCUGUGGCGCAUCCUCGCCGACCACUGCGACGCCGCUGCCAGCGUCGACCUCCAGGACCUCCUGCUGCGUCUCACCUUCGAUAACAUCUGCGGGCUGACCUUCGGCAAGGACCCCGAGACGCUGUCGCCGGGCUUGACGGAGAACCCCUUCGCCAACGCCUUCGACGAGGCCACCUUGGCGACCAUGCAGAGGUUUCUGUUCCCCAGCUUCCUGUGGCGGAUCAAGAAGGCGCUGGGCAUCGGCAGCGAGCACAGCCUCCGCAAGAGCCUCGCAGUGGUGGACCAGUUCAUGACGGAGACCAUCGCGGCGCGCAAGGCCACGCCGUCCGACGACCUGCUGUCCCGGUUCAUGAAGAAGCGCGACAGCAACGGCAAGGCGUUCCCGGAGCACGUGCUGCAGUGGAUCGCGCUCAACUUCCUGCUCGCGGGCCGCGACACGUCGUCCGUCGCGCUCAGCUGGUUCUUCUGGACGGUCAUGCAGAGGCCCGACGUGGAGCGCAAGGUGCUCCUCGAGAUCGCGUCCGUGCUCAGGGAAACGCGCGGCGAGGACACGGGGAGUCUAGCGAAAGUAGGACUAUCAACAUUUAUGGGGAGGCAUGCCCCUAUUUCAAAUCCUCGUGAGGGCGAGGCCUUGAUCCUGUUGUUUAACCAUGCGGUAGAUGCAAGAGAUGCUAGCCACAUCGAGGUCUAUUGGGUCAUUUGA